AUGGAGACGACCGGUUUUGUGAAACAGUUAGCUUCGAACAAUAGGAAAGUUAGAGUCAAUGCACUAGAAAAAUUAACUGAAUUAUUGGCUACUGUUAAUUUCAAGAAGGCUAAACAGCUACAAUUUGAUAAAUUAUGGAAAGGUUUAUAUUUUUCCAUGUGGUUUUCCGAUAAGCCAAGACCACAACAGCGUUUGGCUAAUGAAUUGGGUGCUUUAUUCUUAACUUAUUUUAAAGAAUCGGACAAUUCCGAAAAGAAUACUGAGAAGUUAUGCAUGAAUGAUGCUGCUUUCAUUAAAUUCUCAAAGGCUUUCUGGAGAGUCAUCCUGAUGGAAUGGUUGAACAUCGAUAAAUGGAGAUUAGAUAAAUACUUGCUUUUGGUGAGAAGAGUCCUUUAUAAUCAGUUGAAGUAUAUGCAACUAAGGAAUUGGGACGAGUUGCUAGUCGAAAAAUACUUGACAAAAGUGUUAAAGAAACUGCCAUUAAGUGGGGAUAGAAAAGUGUACACUGGUGUUCCUAUUCAUAUCACUGAUAUCUUUUUGGAUGAGUGGGAAAGAUUGAUGAGGAAUGAUGAUGUUCCACAAGAAGAAAUCGCAGACGAAGAUUUCGAAGAAAAAGAAUACGAUUUCAUAACGUUGGUCAAAGAGACGCCAUUACCUAAAUUCAUUGAUAUUUUCCAGAAAUUGACUGAGGACCAACACGUCAGUAAAGUGUUGAAAUCCCGUAUCAAGGAAGACCUUCUAGAGGAUACCAGAUUGUUAGAAUGGGAAAUAAUCAACGAUGAAGACAGUGAUGAAGAAGAAGAACGUGAAGAUGUCGUUGCGGAAGAAGACAAUGACGACGACACCGAAUGGAAAGGUUUUUGA